UCUUGCAUGUUCCUAACACGGAAGAUUUUGUACCUACCUUCAUGUCCGAAAUGGCUGCAUCCCGUUGUCUCUGCUGCUCAGAAUUUUUCCAGAGACAGAACCUUGCCUGUUUCCUCACAAACCCACACUAUGGCAGCCUGAUUAAUGCAGAUGGCCAUGGAGAAGUGUGGACCGAUUUCAAUGAUAUGUCCAAGUUUUUUCAGUAUGGAUGGAGAUGCACCACUAAUGAGAAUUCCUACUCUAACCGUACCCUGAUGGGCAACUGGAACCAAGAAAGAUAUGACCUAAGGAAUAUUGUGCAGCCCAAACCCUUGCCUUCCCAAGGUUUAAGCGAGAACCUCACUGGUUCCCAGGACAUCAACCUGAACUGGAUCCUCCUCGAUGCAAAUGCACAGAAAAGCAUAUGA